AUGGCUACUGGUUUCAAGAUUCUUAUUCUUAAAAAUGAUAAGACUCGUUUUACUGCAAAGUGCGAAGAAGAUGGUUGUGGUUGGAGGAUUCACUUUGAGCCUGUGAAUGGUGAUACUUCUCGGUUCGUUCUGAAAGAUUCUAAUGUUCACAGGUUGAAGAGUCCUUCGAUGACAACCAAGUUAGUCAAGCAUUUGAUCGCUGAAAAUAUACAUGGUGAUCCUAGCUUAAAACCCAAACAAAUCAUGUCACUUUUUAAGAAAACUUAUGGGCCCAAUAUUAAGUGUCACCAUGCCCCUAGAGGGAAAGAAGCCGUAUUUGAAGAACAGUAUGGCGAUGACGAGAAGUCGUAUAGUGAUUUAACUUGGUAUGUCAUAGCAAUUGAAGAAACUAAUCCCGAUAGCUAUGUGAAGUUUGAAUUUGAGGAUGGAACUAGUAAAUUUCAGAGGAUAUUCAUUUGUUUCGGUGCUUGCAAGCAUAGCUAUAGGUAUCUCAGACCCAUGAUUUACUUGGACGCUACUUUCCUUACUGGUAGAUACAGGGGUACUUUGAUGGCUGCAACAUGUAUCAAUGAAAACAAUGGUUUUUACCCAUUUGCUUUUGCUAUUGUUUCUACUGAAAACAAAGAUAAUUGGUUUUGGUUUCUGAAGAAUCUUCAACAAGUUGUCGAUGGUCGUCAGAUUGUUUUCCUUAGUGAUCGUGGAGAAGGAUUUUUGCAGGGCAUUCCAAAAUAUUUUCUUAAUUCAUAUCACAGCUAUUGCUUUUAUCACAUUAUGUGCAAUCUCCCCAUUGUAUCAGGUGAUGCGAAUUCGAAGCCCGUUAUUGAUUUGUUUUACAAAGAUGCUUACUCUUACACACCGGCGAACUUUGAAGAAGCUUUGAGGGGCAUGCAUGCAAUUGGAUGUGGACAUGUUGCUAACUAUAUCAGGACUAUUCCAAAGGAGAAAUGGGCAAAUGCAUUUUUCCCUGUAUGCAUAUAUGGUUCUCACACUUCAUCUCUUGCCGAGUCCUUCAACAAUUGGGUUCUUCCUUUCAAAAAGUUGCCUGCUUUUUCUCUUGUCGAUGCGAUACGUUUGAAGGUUAUGAAGAAUAAUUCUGAGAGAAGGAUAGAAGGUCUAGAAAAUUUCAACACUAGGCUCACUCCUGAAUAUGAGGCUUUACUAAAGAAAAACAUCGACAUUGGUCGUACUUGGACUGUCACUCAAUCCAUGAAAAGAAUGUAUGAAGUUGCAUCUCCCCGGUAUCAUACUGUAGAUCUAUUACUGAAAACUUGUACAUGUCACCGGUGCCGAGUUAAUGGUUUUCCUUGUUCACAUGCUUGUGCUUCCAUUCAAGCUACGGGAGAAGACAUCUAUUCAUUUGUUGAGACAUACUUCAUCACUAAAUGGUACAAUAGGACAUAG